AUUUUCCCACCAAACAGAAAAACUUGUGGGUUUGAGCACAAACGCUAAAAAUUAUUUGGGUUCUGAACAAAAGACUUUUAUUUAUUCCAACUCCAUGUAUGUGACUUUUCAUAACCUUCGCCGCUGUUUUGCUUAUAAGUACCUCGUACCAAACAAAGUUCUUCAAGCACCUUUUGAACGUCGUUCCUCCAACAGUUCUCUGUAAAUAUUUCUUCUCAUCCUUUCUCUCUGUUGCUUCUGUGAACUAUGCACAUAAUAUAUAGUGAAUACAGCAAUCAAGGAAAAUCCUACAAGUGCUAUAGGACCUGAACGUAGAGCCAUAUUUUCUUAUUUGAAUAUCAGCACAACAGCAAUUGUAUAUUCCUUUUGGCCAAAGGCAUUUAACGUUGUCAGUCCACUUCAGUUGUGACAAAAGCAAAAUAACUUUUGAUAUUAUUGUUGUAAUGUGCUCUUUUCCUGACUGUACGCACCAUUGUUUUUAAGUUUUUCUUUGAGAGGGAAUAUUUUCGUUUGUUUCUACGACAGGGUUUGCGCGUGGGAACUCGCUUGAAAAGAAAGUCUCGUUAGAUUUCUUUUCUCCAAAUAUGUUGCAAAACUUGAGGGAAGAAGAUUUGGAGUCGUUCGCCAUAGAUGAUCUUAUUCGGUUCAUUCGAUGCAAAUGUUCCUCGUUGGAAAAUAAUGAAUUUAUGGAAAGAACCUUGGAGCUACUUCCACCUGGAGAAACUUGGAAUAGGAAUACGUGGGAAAAUGUCACCACAGUAUUAGAUGAAUGGGUUUAUUCGUUAAGAUGUUCUAAAGAGCCUGAGUGUACAAGUCGUCUUGUUGGAAACGACAGAUUGGAAGAAUUUGUCAGUGGAGAAGAAGCUUUUGAUAGUUGGGCAAAAGUGUUGAAAUGCAAGUUAUGCUUUCGCUUAGUUAGUGUUGAGAGCUUUGGGAACCAUCUGAUUGUAUUUCACUCCAGUUCAGUACAAAAUUGCGAUGGAGUGCAGCAAUAUAAUGAGACGGAUACUUCACUUGAGAAGGAAGUCAUAAGUAACAAGGAGAGGAAGUUGUCUUUAAAUGUUUAUCGUAAUAUAUGCAGUCCUCUGUCACCGUUUUUUUAUGGUGAUGAUGAAGACGUUGCACAGUUACGACAAAAGGAUAAGGAGAGAAGAAGACAUUUGGAAUGUCGAGUAUUGCAAUACCCGCAGAAUAGAAGGAAGAGAAGAAGGUCGCAAUCUGAAGAUAUUUCUACGUUCUCUUCCAAAUCGAAACUGCAAAAGGAUAAGAAAUCCUCCAACAAUGACUCUCUGAAUGCAAGAAAGGAAGGCUCUGUUCAAGAAACGGAUGAUUUGUUGGCUUCUCUUAUGAAUAUUUGUACAUCAUACGUUGCGGGUAUGCACGAUUUGAACAAAGUUCAACAAGAUCGGGCAUUCUUAAAAGAAUUUCCCAAUCAUGUUGACCUUUCUCAAGAACGUGUACAGAAUGAACGUCACUUUGAGAAUGCGUUACAGUUGCUGGCGAAGAAAAGAAACUUUGAAGGGAAUAAUAUAGAAAGGCAAAGACGUUUGAGAGAUGCUAUUUAUUUAAAUGGGAAGGAUGUUAGAAAUAAUAGUUUUUUGACUGAGUCUGGGUCUUUGCUAGUUUCCAAAGGUGAAGCUGAACUUGCGGUUGCUUCGGCUGUGUUUCGUUCCAAGAUGAAUGCUGUUAGGAUGGAUAAUGGUAGUCCUGAUGUUUCUACGUUAAGGAAUGGCAACAUGAGUUGGAAUAAUGCUUAUUAUCCCAGAGCUACUUCUUCUGCAGCUCCAAGACUAUCGAGACCCAGCCAAGAGAACCGACUGGGUCCAGUCGCUCAAGCGAAUAUACUGGACACAAAGUAUUCAGGGUUAGCACCAACUGGAAAAACUGAAGUCGAGAACAAUGCUUUGAUGGAAGGAAACAACAUUCAGCAUAUGAAAAGUGAAAUGCAGAAUCAUUCAUCGCAUUCCAAAUUGCCAAUUGCGGCUCCAUCUCAAACAGCUUUUUCGUUAUCCUCGCCUUAUUCGAGGCGUUUCGUAUCUUCAAAAGGUUUGCCAAAUAGUAUACCAAACCAUAAUAUGACGCAUAAUUCGUCAUCUCUAUCUCCAGAACAACUGCAACAAGUAACCAUGCAAUCAUCUUCCUUGGGAGGUUCCAAGAUGAAGUAUCCAGCUCAACAUGUAAAUAGCCCAUCAAUGAAAAGUGGUGACUCCAAAGGAAAGCGAAAAUCAACAAAGUCGGUUGAAAAAGGAAAAAGUCUCGGAGAACAAACGAAAAUAUUUUCGAAUCUUUCUGAACAGCAAAGAGAAACUGUAAACAAGUCGAAUACUGAAGUGAUAGCCAAGGAAAAAUUCGAAGGAAUGGAGUGGAAUAUCAAUGCCAUGAAUAUGCUUCGAUCGACUUCUGAUCCAAGUUCAAUGACGAUGUUCACUUCCAAGUCUCCUCGGAUAUUAUCCAAUGCUGGUAUGAAUGCUUCCCAAGAUGCAGCUUUUGCGUUUCCGGAAAAUGUUGGACAAAGACAAGCCCAAUUUGCUUCUAACAAACAAUUGAAUGACUUGGUAGGAUUCGUUGAAAGAAAACUGAAUAAUAACAGGUCACAGCAGUAUGUGACUGAAAGAAGUGGUAUAUCCAAUCCCUAUCAUAGUGGUACUGCUUCUUUUGGUGACGAUCCAGGAAGGAAGGAUUAUCAGGAAAAUGCAACUUCCUAUUAUUCACCUUUGGAGAUUUGGAAGCAGGUAGAUAAAUGCAGUGUUCCUAAAUAUGGAGCAGGUUUUGAAGGUUUAAGAGAAGAGCAGUCGAUGAAGCGUGAAAAUGUAUUACCAAAUAAUUAUAACACACUUUGGAAGGACCAUAUGUCAUCUGUUAAUUUCCCGUUUCAAAGAGGACAACUGUCUCAUAAUAAUUCCAAGUUGAUAUCUCGAAGUUCAUCGAACAAGUCAAACCAUACCUAUGAAGAAGACUAUCUCAACUCAUCUUGGGGGGAUAAUGAAGGAUUAUUUUCUCCCAAGUCUUUUGGGAUGGAUCGAAGUGCCGUAAAACACGAAUACAAUUUGAAUGGCAUACAGCCAAACUAUAUGGAACAAUCACCUAUGCGAGAACUUUCAGAGAGUUCCAUAGAUGCUUAUCAUUCAGGAAUGGAAGUAGCUUCAGAUAUUCAGGGACAGAAAGCUUCUUCUUUCAACGUUGGAAAUGUUCAGUCUAAUAAUAGUUUUCUAUCAACAGACUCAGGUGGACUGAUGCCUGACUCUGCAGCUACUUCUUAUAGACCACUAGUGAAUAAGCCUGGACAGAAUAUUGAUAACCACUACUCGAGGGAACUUUCAAAAACUGUAGGUCCAAGAAAUGGUCAAGUUCCACUGAGAAAUGUUACUUUUGGAAGCUUUGGUUUGAAUACAUUAUCUGCUACAAGUCUUCAAAGAGGUGGAUUUUCUCAUUCUCGCCAAAGUGGACAGCAAACAUCAGAAGAGACAUAUGGAAUUUUGCAAAAUUUACGAGGAGGUGGCAGUCAAUCGCUGUCUUCUUUAAUGGCUUCUUCUGACACAACCGUUUCAUCGAGAAAGGUGAACUUACCCAAUCUUUCAGAAAGAAUAGAUGCUAAACAGUUACAUCGCUUGAACUCUCCAACCGUGGUUUCUUCGACACGUUUGGAUAACCAUUCACCAUCCAUCGACAACCGAUUAACGCUUUCUACUGGUAAUCUUCGAAGAAAGGAGUAUAGGGUUCGAACAAAUAUCCAUGAAGACACGAAUUUUGGCACCAACUCUGAAGAUAUUACAAGAAACCAUCGUUAAUGUUUCCUUUUGUAGUUUUCGUUGAUAACUGUAAUAAAACGAAAGACUUGCAA